AUCAUUUUAUUCUACCCAUAAUGCAACCACGCUUACUUGUCUUGCAGGCGGGGAAUAAGAAAAAGUGCUCCAUGCGUGGAUUUGUCCUUUGAAUUUUGCCAAGUUUGACGGCUAAAAAGAACACCGUUAACUGGGGCAUACAUAUAAAAACAGUAGGACGUUAGUCCCGUUGGAUUUAAAAUCUGGUGUCUCCGGGACAGAUAUACUUUCAGUUAGAAUGGUGCAGCUCAGGCCCUCACGCGGACAUUUUGGCGCAGCUAGCGAAUGAAAUGCUAACGACUAUGCUGGGUUGACCCUCAUGGUCUGGCUAAAGUCUAGAGUUUUACGGCGUUUAAUGAUUAAAUGACAAUGUCUGGAUUUAAUUUUGGGACGGGGACUCUUGGUUCCACCAACGCGGGAGGAGGAUUUGCAUUCGGAACAGCAACCAGUGCACCCGCGGCAAAUACCGGCGGCUUCUCUUUCGGGAAUGCUUUGGGUGCAGCUGCUGCGACCCCUGCCUCUACCUCCAGCACCACUGCAUCUCUUGGCUUAGGAGGUGGCCUGUUUGGUCAGAAACCCACUGGGGGGUUUUCUUUCAACACACCCGCUCCAGGUACUGCUGCAGCACCCACUGCUGGCUUAACAUUAGGUGCCCCAGGUUCUACGACAACAGCCCCUGCUGGCUUUAGCAUGUCCUUCAACAAACCCACCGGUUCUGCUGCGCCCUUUUCUCUCAACGCAGCGGCUGCCACAUCCACGUCAGUCCCCACAGGAGCAGGUUUAACAUUUAGCUCCGUUUUGACGUCGACGGCGCCACAGCAGCCCGCCGCAACAGGCUUCAUGCUCGGUCUCGGUGGCACGACAACCACGACUGCAGCUGCGACUCUGCCGUCACUGGGCGGGAGUCUUUUUUCUAACACUGCGGUUACAGGUGGAGGGUUGACAUUAGGUUCUUUAUUAAACACGUCAACGGCAGCCCCAGCACCCAGUAUUGGCUUGGGUGGGGUGGACUUCAAUACGUCAUCUGAGAAAAAGAAUGACACAUCUGGAACCAAUGCCCAGGACAGUAAAGCUUUAAAGGACGAGAACCUGUCUCCAGUCAUUUGUCAAGAUGUUGAGAAUUUCCAAAAAUUUGUCAAGGAGCAGAAGCAGGUCCAGGAGGACAUCAGCAGGAUGUCGUCCAAGGCAAUAUCCAAAGUGCAGGAUGACAUCAAGAAUCUCAAACAGCUUCUCUCCGUCAGUGCCAGCGGUUUACAGCGCCAAGCUUUGGCCAUCGACAAGCUGAAGCUCGAGACAGCACAGGAGCUGAAAAAUGCUGACAUAGCACUUCGUACACAAAAGACACCCCCUGGUCUUCAACAUGAAAACACUGCUCCAUCUGACUAUUUCCGCUGCCUGGUGGAGCAGUUUGAGGUUCAGCUGCAACAAUAUCGGCAGCAAAUAGAAGAGCUUGAAAACCACCUAACCACACAAAGUAAUGGCUCUCACAUCACUCCGCAAGACCUGACCAUGGCCAUGCAAAAGUUGUACCAGACAUUUGUCGCACAGGCUGCCCAGCUCCAGUCUGUCCAUGAGAACGUAAAGAUCCUAAAGCACCAGUACCUUUCUUACCGUCGAGCCUUCCUGGAAGACUCAACAGACGUCUUUGAGUCCAAACGGGUGUCCAACAGGAAGUGGCAGAGCACGCCACGUGUGACCACCGGCCCAGCCCCCUUCUCCAGCGUGCCAAAUGCUGCUGCUGUUGCCAUGGCAGCCACAUUGACCCAGCAACAGCAGCCAACUCCAGGGACCCAGGCACCCUUGGGAGGAGGUUUUGGAAACCCCUUUGCCACAGCAGUGGGCACUAGUUUGGGCUCGACCACUUUGGGAGGUUUUGGUGCAGGGCCAGGAUUUGGUGGGGUGGGUACUGGGGGUUCUUCUUUUGCCUUCACCUCCACCGCUAAGCCCACAGGAGGCAGUCUGAGUGCAGGUUUUGGCGGCAGCAACACGUCAGGCUUUAACUUCAGCAACCCCGGCAUCAACCCGUCGGCCGGCCUGACCUUUGGGGUGUCCAACCAACCCGCUGGAGGUUUUGGCAUGGGAGCGCCCAUGCUGCAGCUCAAGAAGCCCCCCGCUGGUAAUAAACGGGGCAAAAGAUAAAAGUGAGAUUCCACAGAUGUAAUUUUUGUAACUGCCCCACACCCACCCAAAAGAGCAAACAUGCCAACUAGUGUACAAACGUUAUGAUUUAGCUUCAUUCCAUUUGAACUCAGUCAUUAUCUUGGCUCUAGUGGGUUUUCUUGGCACCGUUUUGACGACAUUAACCAAAUAUAGCAUCACACUAGGACCAAAUCCAUUGUGGACAAUUGUUCUUGUUGCACUGCCAUGCUUUUGGGAAUGCCAGCUUAGUUUGGACUGAGCGUUCGCAACUUGUCACAAAUGCCGUCCAGAGUUACAAUUAAUAGUCAAAUCACUUAAGAGUCUAGAACAGUAUGUUUAUUUUUUUAUAACAAGAAAGAAAUUGAGGAGGGGUCAAAGGCACCAAGCAUCAUCAUGACAGUCACUGUUGAGUCCUGAAAACCUUGUCCUGUUUUUUGCUGCAUCCAGUUUCAUAAGUAACUUUUGGACACCUUUUUAUUUGAUUUUUUUAUUGCAUAGAUGUACCAAUUUAUGAUGAGCUUACAAAGUCUCUUUACAUAAUAGGUUUGUCUCAUUUGCUGCAAUGCAUGUGAGAUUUUUUCAGUUUUCGGUUGUUGUACUUUUAUUUUCUAAUUGCUAUCUGUUUACAACUGUAUUUUUUCCAAUAAUGUGUUUAGUAAUUCA